GAAAUAUGACGGGAGGAUCAGUGCCAGUUUGCCCUAUCUGCCUCUCAAGAGAGUCGAGGUUAGCCCCACUGGCUAUCCAAGCUAACUACCCAGCUAAACUGGUCAGCUAGCCUAGCCUUGGCUCCCAGAGAUUGUCGUCGGUGCUGGGGGUCAUUGCUGUGGAAAGGACAUGUGUGGAUAGUUCUCGUUUUUAUAAAGCGCUAGCUUCGGCGGAAGCGGAGGAAGAGCCUAAGAGGGUAUUUACAUACAGUUUGGUGUCUUUCCUGGCCUGACACAUUAUUGGUGGAGCAACAGUUGCAGAGGCAACAUGGGGACACAAGGCUCUGGUAGAAAGCGUGCCCCAUUGAAGGACCGGUUCUCAGCAGAGGAUGAGGCCUUGAGUAGCAUUGCACGGGAGGCAGAGGCGAGGCUUGCAGCAAAGAGGGCGGCGCGAGCGGAGGCCAGGGAUAUUCGCAUGAGGGAACUUGAACGGCAGCAAAAAGAGCGUUCUUACCACUCAUCCAGCAGUAGCAACAAAAAAUGGGGUCAGAUCCACCAAUGGAUGGCUGACUCAGAAAAAGCCAGAGGCUCUAGUAGUAGUAUAUCCAGCAGCCGUCAUCGCCGGGGGCUGGAUGAUGAUGUCACGUCAGUCCGCAGCUACAGGUCAACCUCAUCAUCGAUUCGUGACUCGGGGUCAAAGAGUCGAUCCAGUUCCCGUAGAAAAGAUUUGUUGUCUGAUGGCCUCUCCACUAGCUCCGCUCUGAAGAGUUCCCGCUCCACUAGCUCUGUGUACAAUGACCUGCAUGGCCAUAAAAGGUCUUCAUCCAGCUCCUCGAAGAAGGACCUGCUGACUGGACUUUACCAUGAUCAAAGGAACUACAGCAGCCUAACGAAGACCAAAGCAACGCCUCCUCCCUCCACUUCCACCUAUCAGCCUCGGGCCACCACUUCCUCGUCCUCCACCACUGGCACGGCGCUGCCUCGCAGCUACAGCAUGGCCUCUAUUUAUGAUGACACCGGUCUGUAUGGCUCAGGAUACAGUUCAAGAGCUCCCUCUGAAUACAGCUGGUACUCCUCUGGAGCCAGCUCCACCCGUAGCAGCCCUGUGUCUUCAGAUGAUGACACUGUCAGCAGCGUGUCCCAGGAAAACUUCAGGAGAGGCCGCAGGGACAGUGCGUCGUCUGAUUUCUCAGACAUUAGCGAGUCUGCUGCUGAUUAUUUCAGCCGCACCAACCGAAGAGGCAGUAUUGUGUCUGACCUCGAUGAUUUGAGCAUUCCAGAUCUGGACGCUCUGGAUGAAAAAUGUGACAAGCAGUAUUCAGAUUUUAGUCGGCCAUCCUCCCGCUGUGCCACCCCAGGCCUCUCAGCAGCCACGUUGGCAUCACUGGGUGGCACCUCGUCACGACGGGGCAGCACAGACACGGGUAGCGCCUAUGACCCCGACACCAGUCUCAGUGAACUUAGGGAUAUCUAUGAACUAAAGGACCAGAUUCAGGAUGUAGAAGGGCGGUACAUGCAAGGGCUUAAAGAGCUGAAGGAGUCACUUGCAGAGGUGGAGGAGAAAUAUAAGAAAGCCAUGGUAUCAAACGCACAGCUGGACAACGACAAAGGCAACCUCAUCUAUCAAGUGGACACACUAAAGGACGUCAUAGAGGAGAUGGAGGAGCAAAUGGCUGAGAUGAAGAGGGAGCUGGAAGACAAGUCAAAGGAACUAGAAAGACAAAAGCACACAUGCACAGUCCUGCAGCAUAAACAGGAAGAACUGAAAGAGGGAAUUCGCCAGAGAGAUGAGCUUAUAGAGGAGAGCCAGCGAAUGCAGACUAAGUUAGAUGCCCUCACCAGAGAGGUGUUUGACCUGCAGGAAACGAUAAACUGGAAGGACAAAAAGAUUGGGGCCCUAGAGAGGCAGAAAGAGUACUUUGAUUGCAUUAGGAAUGAGAGAGACGAGCUCAGAGAUGAGCUUGCUGACAUCAAGGGGAAGGCCAAAGCAGGAGAGAAGCACGGGCUGGUCAUCAUCCCAGACGGCACACCAAACGGAGAUGUCAACCAUGAGCCUCUGUCCUCAGGGAUCACUGUGGUCUCCCAGGAGGCCGCUCAGGUGCUGGAGUCUGCAGGAGAGGGCCCACUGGAUGUCAGGCUACGGAAGUUGGCAGAGGAGAAAGAUGAACUGUUGGCUCAGAUUAGGAAACUGAAGAAUCAGCUGGAGGAGGAGAGACAGAAACACUCAAAGAUGGACAGUGCAUACACAGAUGGGGAGAGGAUGGAGAACGGUACAGACCUGCACAUUAUUGAGAUGCAGAGGGAUGCCAACAGACAGAUUAGUGAAUACAAAUUCAAGCUUUCUAAGGCAGAACAGGAAAUAGGUACAAUGGAACAAAAUAUUAACAGACUUGAAGGGCAAGUGUCAAGGUACAAGGCAUCAGCAGACAACUCAGAGAAAGUAGAAGACGAACUCAAAGCAGAAAAACGGAAACUUCAAAGAGAGCUGCGCACAGCUCUAGAUAAGAUCGAGGAAAUGGAGAUGACCAACAACCACCUAGUAAAGCGCCUCGAGAAGAUGAAGGCCAACAGGAAUGCCCUUCUGUCACAGCAGUGAGGCAAGGCAGCGUCACCACAGAAGCCCUUAAACUCGCACCUCAGACCUCUGACUGCCAUAUUGCGUCUGGAGCACAUUUCCAUUUUUAGCUGUAACACUUUAAAGAUUUGUAGCUAACCAAAAACACUUUAAACAAAACUGUAGCACAGGCAACAAACUGAACUGUGUCCCUUUUUUUUUUAAAAUCGGAAGCGUUGGUUUUGUCGCCACUGUUUUUGGAGGAAUGACUCAGAAACUUAACUAAUAAAAACUAUAAAGUUGCUGGGAGAUACAUCUGAGGAAAUUUCUCUAGUCACUACUUAAUUUUUCAGAGCUUUGUACUACAUCAUGUUAUCCAUGAGAUUUUGUCUCGCUCUGGCUGGGUGCUUGGCUGUACUUUGUUUUUGUUUUUUGUUUUGUUUUUUUUGAUAAGUUGCAUGAAUGAGUAUAAUUAUGCUUUUAAACUAUUCAUCCCUCACGGCUGCUCCGGUCCCGCACCUUCCCAGCUCCCCCUCACACAGUGAAGUGCCUUUUCACACAAGGAGACUGGGAGUCUGCACCGCUCGGUGAAACAAUAAUCGUUUUAACAGGUACAGAAUGAUGUAUUUAAAAAGGUGCAGUCAUUAUUUGAAAAUAUGUAGAACCAACUGUGUCUGCUGCGGUUUCAUUGAAAUUUUUCAGAUAUUUAAAAGAUUUCUUGAAAAUAAAUGUGUAAUUUACAGAA